AUGGCUCUCCCAGGCAUUCUUUCUCAGCUCUCGCACCCCAAGCUGCAGUGGCGGCCUCGCUCCUAUCUUGGCAAGCGUACCCUCACACCCUCCACCAUAUCGCACUACGACGACGUCGAUUCACUUCGCGAUGCGAUUUCCAGCCGCUCGAGGCGGGAGGUCUACCUAAUCACCCGUGUUCGUACUACAGCCACCUCACCUCCCCCAUCUGACGCACUAAACGGCACCACGCCAGAGCCUCCGCCCAUAUUUUGGGUAGUUUUCAAGUAUCGGAACCGCACCUUCUUCCAAGUUCCCUUUCAAAAGAUUCUACUCGAUGGUUUACCUCUCGGCGGCCAUCCACUCACCCCUGGACCUACCUUCUCGGCACUGAUGGACACCUUGGCGAGAUUGCAUGGCGUACCCUGGAUCGAGAGUGUCGUGCCGCUUCAAUUGGCAAAUAACGGCCGCCACCUCGUCUGGACACCAAAGAUCAUGCUCUGCCCCUCUAUCGACGAUCUCAGCCCCACACUCGCCUGGGUACGCACUGGCCUUUUGUCCAAUCACAAAAUCAAGGCAGGUGGUUCGUUGCACUCGUGGUCGCGUGUGGCCAUGACAAGCGACGUUCAUAUCCUACCCGAUAACCUUAAACUCCUCCAACGUGCACAGGAUGAAGCUCCACAUGUUUACGCCAAAUGCACCACCGAGGGUAAGGAGCCUGGGCUUGAGGCUCUCGUACGAGGUGGUUCCGGUAAUACUAUCCGUGAGGUAAACAAGUUUGCCUGGGAGCUGGGCCUAGCUUUCCCCGUACUUAGUGGAUUCGAUGGCCAGACCCUUGGCGGUAUGUUCAACACGGGCACGCACGGAUCCGUCAUGACAUCGUCCCACCUCGCAGAUGCCAUCGUGAGCAUCGAUCUCGUGCGCCGCGACGGCAAGUUUAUUCGCAUCGAACCUGCCUCCGCUUCAGGAGCCGUCACGGAUCCCAGUGCUUUCUUAGUCCACUUUCCCAAUGCUCGGCUUAUCCAGAACGAUGAGUAUUUCAACGCUGCGCUUAUCAACAUGGGGACUAUGGGAGUGCCGGCGUACCACUUUGAGCUUCUCAUCAACCCCCACAGCGAUAAGGUUGUGGUCACCACUCGCCACCCUCUCGCCCUGAGCCCUUCGGAGGACGCCAAGUUCUCGUUCCAGCCGCCAGGUAGGGACCUGAUUCGCACGCUCGAGAUGCCCGCGCGUUUCAGCCGCCCUGCCUUCUCCACGUGGUUUCAGGAGCGCUGGGGUUCCAUCCUGAUACGCACCGUUGAUACCCUCAUCGCCGUGUUCCCGAGCCUUGUCCCGCGAUUGAACGACUCCGCUUUGCAAUCCCUAAUCAACGAUGCGUAUAUUGACCGUAGCUUCAAUGUGUUCAACAUUGGCGCCGGCACGAACGCUAUCCCGGCGCUGGCGUGUACGAUCUAUGUUCCACUUGCCGAUGACCAGUACCUCGUCGCUCUCGAGGCAGUGAGGCAGCGGGCGCGCCAACUUGCAAAUCAGGAAAAUUCGUGCGCCUUCGAGUUCAUAUUUACGGCAAGCACUGGGUACGCUCAGGAAGUUGUUGACGGGUAUGACGCCGCCGUCAGAGUCGCGCUCUCCGGGCUCAAGAAGAGCGACUCCGAAGAGCCCGCAGAGAAGCCCAUCAUAGACGAAAAGGGUGCGAGCGGAAAUGCGCCUGUACACGUUGGUGACGCCGUCAGGGUCCACUGGGGCCAAAUGAUGAGGGACCCGGGGAGGAGAUGGUCCCUCGGAUGUACGUGA